AAAAUAUGUUGUGACAGAAGUGACAGUCGGAUGUGUGUUAACAUGGUGUGGAAUAACCUGAACGCUACACCCGUUAAAGUGGGUCCGGAUGACAGGAAUGUUGUGGUGUUAAAAUGAACUCAUGGAUUAUAAGCAUGUAGCUAGAUGCUAAUUGUUCACAGCUGUAGUGAGGAUCUAAAGCGAUAAAGAAAUGUUUGGGAAUUUCAGAGAGAAACUGCAGAGCGUGCAGCAGGACUUUACCUCAGGAAUCAAGACCUUGAGUGACAAGUCCAAGGAGGCCAAAAUAAAGAAGAAACAGAGAAGAGAAGAUUAUCUGCCUCAGUACUCAGCUGGACUGGAGCUGUUGAAUCGAUAUGAGGACACCUGGGUGACGCUGCACAAACGAACCAAAGAGUGUUCCAAAUCUGCAGAAGUGGUGGAUGGAGAAGUGGUGAUGCUUUCGGCUCACUGGGAGAGAAGGAGAGGAUCCCUGCUGGAGCUACAGGAACAGUUACAGCAGAUUCCAGGCUUGAUCACAGACCUGGAGUCCAUCACAGCUCGAGUCGCUCAGCUGGAGUCCAGCUUUGAGGAGAUGGAGAGUCAUCUGGAGUACUUGGAGAAUCUGUGUGGUCAGUGCGAGCUGCAACGCUUCAAACACUUUCAGAUUCUGCAGCUGGAAAACUACAAGAAGAAGAAGAGGAAAGAACUGGAAACACUUAAAGCCGACUUGGAUGCUGAACACGCCCAGAAGGUCUUGGAGAUGGAACACGCACAGCAAGCGAAGCUGAAGGAGAGACAAAAGUAUUUCGAAGAGGCGUUUCAUCAAGACAUGGAGCAAUAUCUGUCUACUGGCUACUUACGCAUCACUGACAGGAGAGCAUGUCCAUUAGGCAGCAUGUCCUCUAUGGAGGUGAACGUGGACAUGCUGGAGCAGAUGGAUCUCACCGAUGUGUCUGACCACGAGGCUCUGGAUGUUUUCCUCAAUUCUGGGGGUGAUGAGAACAGUCCUGUGUCUGCAGUCAGAGCUCCAGAUGCUGAGAUCUGCCUGAAGGUUCCGAGCCACACAGAACUGAGACAAAACGUCUCGUCCGUCUCGUCCUCCUGCACCGACUCGUUCAGUGGUGUAACCGAGGGACCGGACGAGGCUGAGGACGACUGCAGCGAUGAGAGCAGUGAUGCAGGACAGUCGCCUCUGGUUCAGUGCGAUGAGGAGGAGGUGCAGGCUGACACGACACUCGUGGGCCUCACAGACAACGAGGAGGGACUCAAAAACUCUGACGACAGUGACACUGGCACCCCGAUGCCCUCAGAGCAAAGGAAAAAGGAAUAAAAUAUCUGCUCAGGCUUCGGAAACAGACAACCGUGCAUCCCGGAGCCGAGUGAAGUGAACUUGAGGUGGAGCUUUGAGGCGCUCUGACUGACUCGCUUUAGAGAAAAACCUUCCUGCUUUUUUUUUUCUUUUCAGCACUGUGACUUUGCUUAAGAAAACAUUGUACGUUGUAUCACAAGUCGAAGUAUUAUAUCAAAAGCCUGCAGCGAAUUAACUUAGACCUAUUAUCAUAUCUACUCAUAAUAAUUCCAUGUGAACUGUGAGAUGCGAUGCUGCAGUUUAAUGGCAUUAAUUUCAGAACAAAAUGAAGAUAAAUGCAUUUUAGGGCUUUGAUGAGUUUUUGAUCAAGAUUCUUGCUUGCGUGUCUCAGCUCUUGAAUAAAAUAGCUGUGGAUGUUUAGAUGAA